AUGACUGUGUGGCGAAAAUUGGAAAAUGACGAAUGCUACGCUGUUGCCCUGUACAACUUUAACGCCACAUCACCCAACCACCUGCAGCUCGAAGUGGGCGAGCUGGUUACCCUUAGAGGAGAGUGCAAAGAUUGGUACUGGGGGCAAAGUCUCCGUGGUGAUGCGAGCGGCGCCUUUCCCAAAAAUUAUGUGAUGAUACGAGAGUGUCAUGUAGACAGAUGUGGCGAGACAGUGGUGGCAUCUGCCGGAGGCGGAGGAGUGGUCCAUGACAUUGCAGUGACCCUUAGAGAAUGGCUGCAAAACUGGAAGGCUCUCUAUACAAAAAACGAUGACAGAUUCAAGUUCAUGGAAGUGAGCAUGAGGGCGUUAUUAGAAUUGAGGGGGCAGGCGGCCUCGGGAGCUUUACCUCAAGACUUAUUACGUCGCGUUGCCAGGACUGCCGUCUUCACUAUAGAUAAGGGAAAUAGAAUAUUAGGCAUGGAAUUAGCUGUAAGAACAAUAAGUGGCCAAUUGGUGGACCCAUUGACAACGUCGACCUUCAAGUUAAACGCUUUACACGACGAAGCUAACUCGCGAAUAGAUAAGAAUAUGGAAACCACGCCCUCCAGCCGACCCACAAGCCAAGGUCCGACUGCGCGUACAUAUACUGUGGUUGUUAAUGUGAAGAACUUUGUAUGCCGCAUGAGCGACGUGGCUGAAUUGUCUCUAGCGCUGCACGAUUCCAGUGGCAUAAAGCUUACUGAGAGUAUACUACUACGCUGGCCUCCGCAGAAUUUGGCCGUCGAACUGUUUACAGCGCCCUCUCUUGUUUUCACGGAUCUCGGGAGCGACAUAAAAAAAGAAAAAAUAUUCCUCGUUUGCCACGUUGUACGAUUGGGGUCUAUGGAGCCACAAAAUAUUGAUCAUAGUUUCGAUCGAAUAUCCUGUGUGCCCAGACGCAGCACAAUAACCGGCGCGUUGCCAACCACGAGUGCUGGUUCUAUGAGGCGGCCAUUCGGCGUCGCGCUCGCUGACGUCACACAGCAUUUGUCCAAUCAGCAAGCGGACAAGGAGAUACAGCUACCGUUUUAUGCAUGUGAGAAGGACAACAUGGACUCUCUCUUGAAGAAAGUGAUAUCGAAUAGAGAUCUCAAGGACCAGAAGCAUACUCAGGGAUUAUGGGUUUAUCUUCAGAUGUUUGAGGGCGAUUUGAAACAAAUACGCCAAGAAAACCCGCACAUUGUCGUGGGGAACAGCGCUUUCGCGAGAAAAAUGGGAUUCCCCGAAGUGAUUUUACCGGGGGAUGCCCGGAAUGAUCUGUACGUCACCUUAUGCAGCGGCUCCUUCUCGCGGGGCGGAGGGAAAUCUUCUGAAAGGAAUAUCGAAUUAGUGGCUAGAGUGGUGGAUAAAAAUGGACAGACAAUACCGGGUGUGAUCUCAAUAGGCGCUGGCGUACCUCUAGUCAACGAAUACACCUCUAUAGUUUACUAUCACGAAGACAGACCUCGUUGGCAAGAAGUGUUUAAGGUUUGUCUGAAUAUAGAAGAGUUCAAGGAAGCGCAUAUAGUGUUUCUCUGCCGGCAUCGAAGUUCAAAUGAGGCAAAAGAUCGCAGUGAAAGACAUUUUGCCUUAGCUUACUUGCGGCUAAUGCAAAAAGAAGGCACGACCACAUCUGAUACUCAGCACCAUCUGGCGGUUUACAAGAUUGAUCACAAGCGAUCACAGACAAGUGAAGUUGAAACAGAAGCUGCAGCUGCGUGCCUUGGGCUACCAUCCAGGCGAGAUGAACUCCCUGCCGGUUCGGAUCGGGGCCUGACAAGAGGUCCACUAUCACUGGUCCAUAGAGAUACCCUAACAGUCGCUACUAAGUUAUGCUCAACGAAGUUAACACAAAGAGAGGAAAUCCUUGGCGUACUUAAGUGGAGUACCCAUCAUGCUGAAGGAACUUUACGAACUGCGCUAACAAAGUUACUUCGAGUGCCUAAUGACGAAUUGGUAAAAUUCCUUCAAGAUAUCUUGGACGCACUGUUCUCUAUACUGACACAGGUAGAAGAAGAGAGCUGUUCCUACACAGAGCAGAGUUACGCAGUGCUCGUUCUAGACUGUCUUUUAGUUGUCAUAUCAUUAGUAGCGGACCACAAGUACCAGCAUUUUCAACCUGUGCUACAUGUUUACAUAGAACAGAGUUUUUGCGAUGCGCUUGCUUACGAAAAGUUAAUAUCGAUAAUGGUAUGGGCAAUACAAUCGGCUGAAAACGGGGAGGUGGCUUCAAAGCGUUUAUUACAGUGUAUGAAGUGCCUUGAAAGCCUCGUUCGUGUUCUCGUUCGUUCGCGGCAACUGCGAGCGGCUCUAGGUUCGCGUGCUACUAAUUGUAAUGCGAACGGUGAUAAUGACCCAUACUGCCCUCAACUUGAGAGUUUGCUAGAAGCGUUAGUAUGGUUGAUGCGUUGCGGUGACCACGCGCUGACGUGUCAAGGUUCCGCGCUCAAGUAUUUGCCACACGCCAUUCCCCAUAUGAUCAAAAUAUAUCCAGAUACACAGCUCAGCGAAUACACAGUGCGAGCGUUGGAAGCACUACCGCUCGGACGUUUAUCAAAUCAGCGGCUACAUGCGCUUCUAGAACUAAUCAAAGGACCUCUCGGUACCAGCGCGGGCGCACGGGCUAUACUCUUGCCUCACCUUGCUCAAACACUACGGGCCUUAUUGCGAGCGCCUGCUGAGUGGGAGCGCGAAGCAGCCAUAAAGUCGCGAUCAGUCAGCAAGGCAGCCAGACUCCUCGGCGCUGAUACCACUCGCCUCAUCGAUAACUCCCAGCAACAGCAGUUUGUGGAGUUAUGUGUAGAAACAUUGGGCGAGGUCGUCACACUUUUGGCACGUGACGAUGUGGGACCAGUGGAAGGCGAUAGGGGCGUAUUGGCGAAGGCCUUGUUACCUACUGUGCUGAAGAUAGCUGUCACGAUGAUCAGAGAACGGGGAAGAGAAGAGGGAAUCGCUAACGAUGAUCCUUUACUGCGAAAACUCAUCUGUGUGCUGUUAGACAUGGUGCGCCAGAUGUCCGAAGAGCAAUAUACAAUGGUGAUGAAGACGGUUGAAGCGGAGAGCGCUGAAAGAUCAGAAUCGCUCGUGCAAGAUGCGCUUGCGUUAAUGACGUCACUGCUGCAGAGGCCAGUGUUUCGGCCGCACUGGGCAGAUAUGCUACACUUGCAGCAUUACGUUAUGAUGCAUGCAUUGAGGUUACUAUCCAGAAUGCUUCGGGACAGCCUGGCUUCUAUAGACGAGAGUGAUACAGAUGGAUUGAACAGCCUUCACUCAACCUUAGCAGAGUGGUUCAGUACUGUGGGUCUGGUUGCGUCGUCGCCACCAUUGCAGCUCGAAAGCGUACCAGCAACAAGGAAACACCGAGUCGUUAUGCUAUAUGGCGAUAUACGACGCAGUGCCGCUACUUUGGCUGCGGAGAUGUGGCAUAGCUUGGGAGAGCACAAGCGUUACUUCAUUCCACAAUUAGUGGGGCCGUUCCUGGAAGUGAGUUUCCUUAAUGACGAAGAAGUCCGCAACACGAUCAUACCUCUUUUCUACGAUAUGAUGCAAACCGACUUUCGACAUACACUGGACACUUAUGGAGAGGGAAACCUGCGUGCUUUCGAGAACGAACUCAUUGAUAAACUAGACGUACUGGCUGAAGCUGGGCGUGGCGAUGCAGCGUGGCGGGCACGUUUCGUUUCUCUUUGUGGCGCUAUGUGCAAUCAAAGUUCUGAGUUGCGUCAAUGCGGGUCAACCCUCGUUGCGGCAGCUGCUAGACAACUGGACGCAUUGCUUCAGUACAGAGCUGCGCCGACGUCGCAUAGAAUGUAUUUGAUCACUAGUGUAUUACGAUUCUACGAGCAGAUUGAACGGCCCCAUAUGUACAUAAGAUACGUACACCGAUUAGCUGCAAUGCACCGCGCGUCCCAACAUUGGGCCGAAGCCGGUCUCACUCUGAAACUUCACGCUAAAUUACUCGAUUGGAGUCACACUGCGUUACCUCCAAGAUUACGGCAUCCCGCUGCGCCUGAGUCGCACCACACGCAUUUGGAUUUAAAGAUAUUCCUCUAUGAAGAGAUGGCACGGUUACUCGAGUCUGGCAGGCAAUGGGAAGCGGCAGUCGAAGUCAUAAAAGAGCUGGUCUUAGUUCACGAACAGAACGCAUUAGACUAUACGGCGUUGGCUGAUCUACACGAGCUGUUGGCGUCGUUGUACCGCGCUACAUUGCAUCAGACGCGACUUCCAAAUUCCUACUUCAGGGUCCGCUAUUUAGGAAAAGGAUUUCCAUCACAUUUACUAACGCCGAAGGGCUUCGUCUACCGGGGCAACGAAUGUGACAUGCUACAUAAUUUCAAAGAGCGAAUGCUCGAUGAAUGGCCCGAAGCCGAGGUUCUCCUGAAAUUGGAUGAACCAGGAGAAGACAUUACAGAGUCCGAUGGACAAUAUUUACAAAUAAACGCGGUAACGCCUGUGAUAUCAGAAAAGUGGGCUCAUCUGGUCGGCAAACCAGUCGAUGAGCGGAUUUUGCAGUAUUAUGAAAACAAUAAUGUUAAUAAGUUUAUUUAUUCUAGACCUGUAUAUAAAAAUGAUGACGGAGACAUUAUAUCCGGGAACAAUGUUGCGGGAGCUAAAGAGUUCGCAACGAGAUGGAUAGAGAGGACCGAAGUUGAGAUUAGUGAUAAUUUACCAGGUAUUUUGCGAUGGUUCCCUGUGGUGGCGUCAAGGACGUUCUUGGUAUCGCCUCUCGAAGUUGCUGUCGAGACUAUGUCAAACACGAAUCGACAAUUAAAACGGGUUAUAAUGGAGACUAAGAACACAAAUGCUAUACUCCAUCCUCUCACUAUGAGGUUGCAAGGUAUAUUAGACCCUCAAGUACAAGGCGGACUUGUUAACUAUGAACUGGCGUUCUUUACUGCAAGCUACGAAGCAAGACACCCUGAACAUUGUGGUCUACUUCAGCAGCUAAAAGACCUAAUUGCUGAUCAAGUGCCUCUACUUAAAUUCGGGCUUGAUGUUCACGCGUCCCGAGAUCCUGACAAGAAGAUGCAUGCGUUGCUUGUGAAGCGUUUCCAUGAGUUACAGCAGAAGGUGGAACAGAAUUUCGGGAAACGGAUGAGUGAAUUUGACGCUCUAAGCGAAGCGUCCUCAGAAGUACAACUAAGAGCUAAUUUACGUGAUAGCAGUGAUAUUGAUUCACGCAGUUUGGCGACCAAUAGGAUGUCUGAUAUUUCCACUGGAAAUGAAUCAACGUCAAAGUCCAAAUUCAUUUCUGCUUUCAAUCGGACAAGAAUAAGUAGUAGUGGUACGCUUACUCCAAGACACAAGAAACGAAGCAGAAAGAGCGAAGUGAGUCUUCAGUCAAGCGGUAGCCAAUGGUAUACAUCAGCGACAUCUAACGGCGUUAAUAGUACGAUAAAUAGUGCCAUAACAUCGGCGAUAGCGAACGCUUUCAACAACAGCAACAACAAUAUGAACAACAGCAUUAGUUCGCCAAAUAUGCUGGAAACGACGGCGUCACCUUUACGCGAAUUGAGACAAGAGCUUGUGACGGAGCGACCGCUGCGCGCAGAUGCCGAGAGACGGUUGUCGCAACGGGCCUCAUACGUCACAUCUUCAGAGCCGCCGUCUAACAGGGACUCGCUAGGUACAACCGAUUCCAACCAAGACGAAGAAGAACCGCCGCCGCUGCCCGUCAAACAAUCCCACCGAAGCCUAGAUCUAGACACGGAGAAUAACAACAUGGACGUAAACCCACUACCCACCAGGUACAAUUACGAUCUGGUUCUUUCACCUCGCCACUCGUAUUUGUACCAGUCGAAAAGGCGGAACACUUGUGAGUUACCACCUGCUAAUGAAAAAGCGCCCACGCCACCGCCUAAGAAGAGAAAUCAGUCUAACGCCUGA